UUUGAAUUUAAUAUAUAGAAGAAAUUUGAAAAGGGAGAGAAAGAUUUGGUGGUAUAUAAGGCAUGGAAGCCAAUUCUAACGAAGAGAGAAAGUGAGGGAAAAUGGCAGAUUCUAGUGAUUCAAUUUCCAUUGAUAUGGAAACGAUCUCUCUUGGUGCCAAGGAGUACCUUGUUAAAACUCGCUGCGGAAUGGUUUCCGUUGCAGUAUUUGGAGACCAGGAUAAGCCGGCUCUUGUUACCUAUCCUGAUUUAGCUCUAAAUCAUAUCUCCUGUUUUCAAGGCUUGUUCUUUUCUCCAGAAGUUAAUUCCUUUCUCCUCCACAAUUUUUGCAUAUAUCAUAUAAGUCCUCCAGGGCAUGAGGUAGGAGCUGCCCCAAUCGGUUCUGAUGACCUUAUGCCUUCUGUUGAUGACUUGGCAGAUCAGGUUCUUGAGGUUCUCAACUUUUUUGGGCUUGGCGCUGUAAUGUGUAUGGGGGUUACAGCUGGAGCAUACGUUCUUACUCUAUUUGCUAUGAAAUACAGGCAGCGUGUCCUCGGGUUAAUACUUGUUUCUCCACUAUGCAGAGCGCCCUCAUGGACAGAAUGGUUGUUAAAUAAGGUGAUGUCAAACUUACUUUAUUUCUAUGGCAUGUGUGGAGUGGUGAAGGAGUUAUUGCUUAAGCGGUACUUCAGCCAGGAAGUUCGAGGUAGUGUUGAAGAAUCCGAAUCAGAUAUAGUUCAAGCAUGCAGAAGAUUGCUAGAUGAAAGGCAGAGUAUAAAUGUUCAGCAAUUCCUCGAAGCAAUGAAUGGGAGACGUGACCUUAGCGAAGGAUUAAGGAAACUGCAUUGCCGAUCACUAAUAUUUGUCGGGGAGAAUUCUCCUUUCCAUUCCGAGGCUCUCCACAUGACAUCAAAAUUAGAUAGAAGAUAUAGUGCCUUAGUGGAGGUUCAGGCAUGUGGAUCAAUAGUAACUGAGGAGCAGCCUCAUGCAAUGUUGAUACCACUGGAGUACUUUCUUAUGGGAUUUGGCUUAUACAGGUCGACUCUAAGUGUUAGCCGGAGAAGCCCAUUGAGUCCAACUUGCAUCUCCCCGGAGCUUCUUUCACCGGAAAGCAUGGGCUUGAAGUUGAAACCGAUUAAAACCCGGAUUUCUUAGGAAGUCCAAGAGAAGAUGACAGAGAAAGGGCAAGAUCACCUUCUUCUUCUUUUUUUGUUUAUAAUAAUAUAAUAUAUUAUGUAAGGGUGUUUAUGAGCAUUACUAGGGAUGUAGAUAGAGAAGGGAAGUAGAGAGAGAAGAUAAAAAGGAGAUUAUUGUCAAUUCUUUUAUUAGUUGAGUUGAAGUCAUUAUCAAUAUCUGUAAAUCAUGGGAAUAAUUAUUUUAUAAGAGAAAACGCUAAUAAUGUUAUGCUUUACUUUUUCCA